CCAAUUUCCAAAAUUAGAAUCCAAACAACUCAAAAUAAACAGAUCACCUCCACCGAAAAAAAAGGAAGAAAGAAUCCCGGAAUCGGAUUCUUUUCAAAACAAAAAUGAAAGUUGCUAUUAUCUCUCCGAUGAAACUUUAAAAGCUGGCCACUAAUAGUAAACACCACCUCUUGUCCCCGCACCUACCUCCUCAGUCAAACCGAAGACCACAAUCCACAAAAAAAAACACCACUAAAAAGUGACGGCUGCUCGUUAAUAAUGCCAGCCCAAAUAACCUCCCAAGUCAUUGAACCACCCACCACCGUAGACGGUGGGUUACCACUAACCACUAUUCCCCAAAUAGAUGAUGAUGAUGAUGAUUAUCUUAAUCAUCUAUGAUCAUCACAGCCACCAUCAUGGCCAAAAAGUUAGAAAGUGGACCUCUCUUUUGUCCCUAGACUAAGGGUGCGCACGUUAGCCCUUCCCUCCCCGCCCGCCCACUCACCCAAGCGGUGGCCUCAUCCGCACCCCCCCCCCCAACCCUCCCUCCCUUAUUCAAUAUGCCAACAAACCCCAAUUUCCCCCUUCCACCACCACAUCCACAACCACAACCGCUUUUCUUUUUCUCUCUUAUCCUCCCUCCCUCUUCAACCUCAAGUAUCCCCCUUAACGUUCGCCAACUCUCUUUUCUUUCUUAUCCGUCGCUACCACCACCAGAACCACCACACCCAGUUUUCUCUCUAAUCUGCCACCACCACGACAAACACAACAAACCCACUAUUCCAUUUUCUCUCUAAUCUUCCCCACUCUUCGCCCUCAAAAUCCUUCCUUUGCUAACGUGCGCCGAUUUUCACCACGAAAGCCCUUAAUCCACACCCGCACCCAUGUCCGCGCCAAUCAAAACCGGAUCGCCAUCAUCACCACAAGAUCAGACCCCCCUCCAAACAACCGCUCAACAAACUCUACCUGCACCACCAACGCAUCCAUCCACCAACCCACGGCGUCUGCCUCCACCAUGUUGGACCCCAGAUGAAACCGUGGCCUUAAUCGACGCUUACCGUGACAAAUGGUACACGCUCCGCCGCGGUAAUCUCAAAGCGAACCACUGGCAAGAAGUAGCUGAUGCUGUAGCUCGCCGUUGUCCAGAUGCUUCGCCACCAAAAACAGCUGUGCAGUGCCGCCACAAGAUGGAAAAGCUCCGGAAACGGUACCGGACCGAGAUCCAAAGGGCUCGAUCCAUGCCGGUCUCGAGGUUUACGUCAUCUUGGGUCCAUUUUAAGAGAAUGGAUGCGAUGGAAAAGGGGCCUCAAGCUAAGGCUGAUUAUAAUUCAGAGAGCGAAGGCGAUGAUAAUGACGAUGAUAACGAGGAAGAUGGUGAUAUUCGUGGAUCUUAUUUAGAGAAUUGUAGGAAUGCUAAAAAUUUUAUGAAUACGCGAUGUAUUCAAAAGCUUUAUGGAAAUGGGAUUGGGAAUCCGGGGAAUGGUGGCGAUAAUAAUGGCUUGAGUGGCGGAAAUUCUAGUUUGGGUUCGGGUAAUGCUGGUGGAUUUCGAAUUAGAAUACCGACAGGAGUUAGCAUAGCGCAGCCGGGACCUAAAUUUUAUGCCAAAGCAGAGCAGAAGCAUGGUGGGAGUCCUAAUAUGGGUGUUAAUGCGAGCCCAGACCCCUGCCCGAAGCCUAAAUAUGGAGGUGGGGUGGGGACUAGUAGUAGGGUUAUGAGGGGGAGUGAGGAAAUGGGGAAGGAAAGUGAAAGGGAGCCGAUGGAGGAGUUGGUUGCAGCGGUAAAGGUAUUGGGAGAUGGGUUUGUUAGAAUGGAGCAAAUGAAGAUGGAAAUGGCUAGAGAGAUGGAGACAAUGAGGAUGGAAAUGGAGAUGAAGCGAACGGAGAUGAUUCUGGAUUCGCAACAGAGGAUUGUUGAAGCUUUUGCUAAAGCUUUAUCAGAGAAGAAGAAGAGGCCUAAGAGAAUGCUCUCACCUGAGACAUAGGCGGGUGAAUGCAACUGUCUUUUGUUUUUGUUGUUAGUGUUUGACUAUUGUUUGUGGUAGGGAUGGAGUGGUGCGGUCAGAUUUCAUUCAUCUUUGGAUGAAUAGAUGGAGAUGAGCAAGUCAAGGGUUGAAUCUUCAUGUUUAGAUCAGUGUUAAUCCACUCGUUUUGUGAUUGUUUAUUUAGCAACUUGGGAAGAUGUGGAACUUUGUUAGUCUUUUCAACUUAACUUUUGGAUCAAUGUAGCCUUAAAUUUGUGAGAUUA